AUGGCGCGGUUGGUUUUGUGGGCUUUAGCCCUGCUUGUGGCAGGCGGGGCCUCGGAUCCGGUCGAGCCGAAUGUAACUCCACCGAAAAUAGCGGACUCGGUGUUUUUGAAGAAACAAGUUGAUCUCCUGACACUAUACUUUCACGUGAACGAACCUCUUCAAGACCCCGAGUUAAAAGCCAUCGCUGAUUCGUGGGAUCUUGAGAGCAACAUCGAGAGAUAUAGUAAUGUUACCGCCGUAAAAGUCUUCACUAGUCUCAAGAACUAUGACAUGCUUCUGCCUCGUUCCGUACCUUUCUUAAUAUUGGAACCCACACACCAAUUCGAAGCUGUUACAUUAUUCAACCUCUUCCUAUCUGCUAAAGAUUAUGACACCUUCUACAAAACAGCUGUAUAUUUACGCGAUUUUGUUAAUGAAGGUCUAUUCGUAUAUGUAUUGGCCGUUGCUACAGUUCAUCAUCCUGAAACCCAGGGUAUCAUUGUGCCACCCCUGUAUGACGUGUUCCCCUCAUAUUAUCACAAUGGAGAAAUCAUGAACAUUGCUCACAGGGUUAACACUCACGGCAAACGCUUGAUUGAGCACUAUCCACAAACCUUCGUAUGGGAUGACAAUGUUGUAAUCAGAUGGAAUACUACAAUCUGGCCCUAUCUAGAAAACAGUGACAUUGUUACCUCUUACUACUCACAGGAUUACGCACUAAAUACCCUGUAUUAUAACAAUCACGUAACGUACCCCUUCUGGCUGAGCGGAAAGAAUGGGCCACUCCGAAAAUAUAAACGUGGAGAAUAUGUGUGGUUCUUCCACAAGCAGUUAUUGAACCGCUACUAUAUGGAACGUCUUUCGAACGGGUUGAGCGAAGUUCCGGAACUAGGAUUCGACGUUGUCGAGGAUGGUUUCACAAGCGGUCUUGUAUAUCAAAACGGUAUACCUUUCCCAGCGAGACCUAACAACCUUCACGUGAAUCAUCCGAUGUAUUUGGAAAUAGUUGAUCAAAUAAAAACAUACAUACGCCGCAUUAAAGAUGCAAUUGAUUUGGGUUAUGUAGUAUCGAGCUCAGGUGAGCAUAUUAAUUUAAGAACCCCUGAUGCUAUCAACGUUAUCGGAAAUGUCAUAGAGGGAAAUGUGGAUUCCCCGAACUUAAACUUCUAUGGCAGCCUUAUCAAUUCCUGGAAACUUCUCCUUGGAAACGCAAUAACUAACGGCAACAUGUAUUCAAAGCAACAUGUACCACUCGUCGUACCUUCAGCACUGGAGAAUUAUCAAACAAGCAUGUGGGAUCCAGCAUUCUAUAUGAUUUGGAAGCAAGCUUUUAAACUUUUCUCAUUAUGGUCAUCAUACUUGCCAGAGUAUACACACGAAGAGUUAGCGCUCCCAACAGUUAAAAUUAAGAAGGUGGAAGCUGAUAAACUAGUCACUUACUUUGAAUACAAGUACUUGAAUGUUACAAACGCCCUGUAUUUGAACUCAGAUGAAAGUAAAGUGGUGGCUGACGAUAUCAGCGUUUUAGUUCAGAGACCUCAACUGACCAAUAAGGUAUUCACGAUUCGCGUGCACGUAAAGAAUGACGUAGCUAAGAAGGUCGUAGUCAGAUUCUUCUUAGCACCUAAAUACGACAGCAAUGGGUACGAAAUUCCAUUACACCUAAACACUGAGAAUAUCUUCCAGUUGGAUCAGUUUGUGUACCAAUUGCCAGUUGGAGAGCAUGUCAUCAAACGCGAAUCCACUGGAAAUAUAUACACAAUUGACCAAUGGUACUCCAGUUACGAAGUGUACCAGAAAGCUCUAGAUGCAUUAAACGGCAAAGGACAAUUUGUGGUUGACGGCAAGCAGUUCUUCGACGGUUAUCCUCGCCGAUUGAUGUUGCCUAAAGGUCGUGUUGGAGGUAUGCCAUUCCAGUUGAUCGUGUUUAUAUCCGACUAUGUGGCACCAGAAACUCCAUACGGCAAGGGGGUGAAUCCCGAACAGACCUUCGGUAUCGGCACGGGCGCCCGCCGCAUGACUGCCUACCCCCUGGACUAUCCGUUCGACCGUCCGUUGCACCAAUACCAGAUCGAGAAUCUGAGCAAUGUGCUAGUCCAAGACGUACUCAUUUACCACAAACCGACUCCCGAAAUAUACGCACAGUUACCGCUCGGUCUGACAACCAUGAAGACUGUCUUAGUCCUAGCGAGCUUGGUAGCCCUGGCUUUUGCCGGGAGCUUUGAAGUUCCGCCUCAAUCACCGAAAGUUUACAAGGAGAAGUCUGUCGAUAAUGAGUUCGUUUCGAAGCAGAUGGAAAUACUGAAGCUCUUGUACCACUCUGGUCAAUUAAACCCCGACGCUGAGUACUAUAAAAUCGGCAAGGACUAUGACAUUGAAGCUCACAUCAAUAACUAUUCUAACCAGAAAGCUGUUGAGGAAUUCUUGGACUUAUGGAAAGUUGGAUUCCUUCCCAAAAACAUUCCAUUCUCGAUCUUCAAUGAGAAAUCAAAACAAGAGGCAAUAGCUUUAUUCCACGUGCUUUACUACGCUAAGGACUUCGACACCUUCUACAAGACUGCAGCUUUUGCUCGCAUUUACUUGAACGAAGGCCAAUUCGUUUAUGCUUACUACAUCGCUGUGCUUCACCGCGCUGACACCAAGGGAGUGGUUCUGCCGGCUCCUUAUGAAGCGUACCCAGAACUGUUCACCAACGUAGAUGUUUGGUACAAAAUCAACCGCGUCAAGAUGGAAAAAGGCAUCAACGAUGUUGAAUUUGGACGCGAAUAUGGUAUUGUGCAAGAGAGCGACAAAUACGUCUUCUACGCUAACUACUCUGACUACUUCACCUACCCUGGUGACGAACACAAGAUUUCAUACUUCACUGAAGAUAUUGGUCUUAACGCUUACUACUACUACUUCCACGCUUUCUUCCCAUUCUGGUUGGAGGGCGACGUACAGUCCGUUCUGAAGGAACACCGUGGCGAGAUCUACUACUACUUCUACCAACAACUCUUGGCUCGCUACUACCUUGAACGUCUAACUAACGGUAUCGGUGAAAUUAAGGAAUUAUCAUGGAACAGCAAAAUUGAAACUGGUUACAGGCCUAUGAUGAGAUACUACAACAACUUCGUUCAAAGACCUCAAUAUUAUCAAAUUCCUUACGAAUCCCAUGUCAAGGAACUGCAAGCACUUCAGGCUUACGAAAAUAGCUUCAUUGAAAAACUGCUACAAGGACACGUUAAGUUCUUCAACCAGGACGUUGACUUCCACAACUCUAAAUCUGUUAACUUUGUUGGAAACUUCUGGCAAACCAACGCUGACUUGUAUUCAAAAGUUGGUCCAUGGAAGCAGUCUUACUCUUAUGAAGGAGUUGCUCGUUACGUUUUGGGUGGUGCCCCUGAAUCUUUUGACAAGUACAACUUUGUACCGGCUGCUCUUGACUUCUACCAAACAUCUCUCCGUGACCCAGUCUUCUAUCAGCUCUACAGCAAGAUCUUGAAAUACUUCAUUGACUUCAAGAAAUCCCUUACUCCAUACACACAAGACGUCCUUCACUACGUUGGUGUUAAGAUUAAUGAUGUUAAAGUUGAGAAAUUGGUUACCUACUUCGACUACUACGACUUUGAAGUUACCAACACUGUCGCUUUGAACCAAGAAGAAGUGAAAUCUAACAAAUUCCCCUACUAUGUUGUCCGCCAACCCCGUCUUAACCACAAACCAUUCACCGUAUCCGUUGACGUUAAAUCUGAUGUUGAUGGUGACGCAGUAUUUAAAAUCUUCCUUGGACCUAAAUAUAACAGCCAAGGUUACCCCAUCUCUCUUGAAGAUAACUGGAUGAACUUCGUUGAGUUGGACUGGUUUGUGCAGAAACUUAACAAGGGACAAAACAAGAUUGAGCGUAAAUCCUCAGAGUUCUACUACGUCAAAGAAGAUUCCGCUCCCGUCCGCGAAGUACUCAAGAUGCUCGGAGAAGGCAAAGUACCAGUUGACAUGUCUGUCAAGCCAGGUGCAUUCCCGCAACGACUUGUUCUUCCUAAGGGUAACAAGGGAGGUUAUCCAUUACAAAUCUUCGUCGUUGCCUACCCAUACCAACAGUCCGACAAGCAAGUCGAUGCCAUCAAGGUAUUCGGCAACGACAACAAGCCUUUGGGCUACCCUCUGGACCGCCCAGUCAACGAAGUCUACUUCAAGCAACCCAACAUGUUCUUCAAGGAUGUUAGCGUAUACCAUGAAGGAGAACUCUACUCUUAUGAGUACAAUGUUCCUUACUAUACCAUUCAUCAUAAUGAAGUUAACAAACACUAAAAGGAGAGAGAAAAGUGAUCUAUUUUAUGAUAAAUUCAAUGUUUAUUUAAUAAAAUAUGUAUAAAUAAAACAAUAUUUAAUUAUUUCAAUUUUAUUUCAUUUA